AUGGGUGAGGGGAAAAAACCUGGAAACAAAGACAAUCAUGAGAAGAAAGGUGACCCCCACCAUCACCACCACCAUGGCCACCACCAUGGUCAUCACCAUGGCCACCACCAUGGCCACCACCAUGGCCACCACCAUGACCACCACCAUCAUUGUAACAAUGAAACACUGGCCUGCCACAAAUUAGCAGCUAGCAAUACCAAAUUUGCAUAUGACCUCUACAGGCAGGUAGCGGCGGACCAUCCAUCAGAAAACAUCGUCCUUUCCCCAAUCAGUAUAUCUGUGGCACUGUCUUUUCUGUCCGUUGGUGCCAAGGAGAAAACCCAUGACCAGAUCAUAGAAGGCAUUGGCUUCAACACCUCUGAAAUUCCAGAGAAAGAAAUUCAUGCUGGCUUCCACCAUCUGCUGGAUGUGCUCAACGAUGACAACAGUGAGCUUCAAAUGGACAUUGGGAACGGCAUUUUCUUAAGUGAGAAAUGGAAGUUCCUCGAUGAAUUUCUCGACAAGGCCAAGAACCUCUACGAUUCCGAAGCCUUCACUGUAGACUUUACUAAUUCUGAAGAGGCCAAGAAACAAAUCAACAGCUACGUUGAAAAGGAAACGAACGGCAAGAUUGUGGAUGUGCUGAACAGUGUAGCCAAGGACGCAGCCUUCGUUCUGGUCAACUUUAUUUAUUUCAGAGGAAAAUGGGAAUAUCCUUUUGAGGAGAAAUUUACCGAAGAAGGAGAUUUUCACGUGAGUAAGGAUGAGACCGUGAAGGUGCCUUUCCUGUUUAAGACUGGCUUUUAUAGCUGUGCGGUCUUAGAUGAUGCCACCGCCGUAGUCCUCCACUACAAAGGGAAUGCCUCCGCCUUGUUCAUCCUCCCCAACGAAGGCAAAAUGGAAGAAGUGGAAGCUAACUGGAGGGAUACAGUCAAGAAAUUUAAAAAGUCCAAUCACAGAGAUCUAGUGAAUUUGAGCAUCCCCAAGUUUUCUUUUUUCGGCUCCUUUGAUCUAAAAGAAGUUCUUCCUAAGCUGGGAAUAGCUGAUGUGUUUACCAGCAAAGCGGAUCUUUCUGGAGUCUCCGGGGCUCCCAACCUGAAAAUUUCACAGGCUGUUCACAAAACUAAGAUCACCGUAGAUGAGAAGGGGACAGAGGCGGCCGGGACCACUGUACUGGAGGCCAUCCCCAUGAAACUUCCUAUGCAGGUCACUAUGAAUCGUCCGUUCUUAUUCAGUAUUUAUAACCACGAAACCAGAAGCGUCCUCUUCAUGGGGAAAGUUGUAAACCCGGCAAAAUAG